AUGAGCAAGGAGGUACUGGUGACGUUGCUGGCCCGAGAGAUGGAACGUGUGGCGCGCAACACCGAGAACUGGCAAGAGCGCAUGACGGCGCUGGGUGAGAUGCAGCGCGUCUUCGAGCAGCUCGAAAAGGACCCACCGGCCAGCACCGUAGCUGCCAGUUUGAGCACCGAGGUGUGGAAGACGCUACGGCCACUUAAAGCUAUGAUACAGGAUCUACGUUCGCAGAUCGUCAAGGAAGUUUGCGCACUGCUCACGACCAUCUCACGGGUCACUCGAGACGCAAUGGCUCCGUUCCUGCGUGAUAUACUGCCUACACUUGUGGAGGUGCGUGGAAGUGGUAACAAAGUCUGUGGUACGUACUGCGGCGAGUGCCUUGAGGCCGUCGUAACGCAGACGGUGGUCAAGGGCCCGACACUGCGGCUCUUUGUGGAGAUUCUACUGGACAGCAAGAACAAACUCAUUCGACUAUGCUGCAUCUCGUGUCUUCGGCACGCGCUCGUCGCUUGGAGCCCCGUGAUGGACAAGAGCGACGUGCAGAAGCUCGAGAAGGGACUGCAGCACGCUCUGUACGACGCUAGCUCCUCAUGUCGAGCACAGGCGCACGAGCUUUUCCUGGUCUUCCACACUCUGUUUCCCAAGCGAGCGUUCGUGGUCAUGAGCAUGGUCGACUACAAAAUUCAGAAGCGACUCGAGGCGCUCGUGUCUUCGGACGUGGCUGAAUCCACGAAAGGUGCCGGCUCGGCGUCGAAUGCCAGUGUGGAUGGAGACACCACUCCAGUGCAGCAAGUGCAGGCCUUAGCGGGCUUUAACUUGGAUGUGGGCGAUCGUGUAUGCAUCCCGGAUAAUGAACUGUUUGGGUUUGUUCGUUUUUUAGGUGAAAUUAUCAGCGUGAAAGGAGUUUGGGUGGGCAUCGAACUGGAUGAAGCUUACGGCAAGAACGAUGGCAGUGUCAAAGGACGGUAUUACUUCCGCUGUAAGCCUAAGCACGGCGUUUUCGUGCGUCCUCAUCAGGUUUUCCUCACAAUGUCAGGCUCCAAGCUGCACGAGCACCAGCUUCAGCAGCAACAACAGAUUCAGGACGGCGACAGUUUCGUCCACAAGGGCGAUACUAGUACGGAGCUCGGAGAUGAAGUGGGCGGCGGUAUUGAGCCUCUUCCACCACCAGGAGGGGUGGUGCCACCAUUUUCAAGCACCCCUAGCACUUCACCAUCAGCAGCGGAACCUACUUCUUCGUUGAAGCUGCCAGCCCCCACCGAUACUCCAGGGCCGUCCAAGUUGAGUUUAGUGCUGAACCGAGCUUCUAUAGCUCACCGACGGUACCUAAACCGUCUACUGAUCCAUGUUCGCGCUGAGUUAGAGGAGCAUGAACGUUUUGAAAACUACGGAGCAACCGCUAGCUCGGCCGACGCAGUCCAGUACUUGCAGCAGCUUCAAAACAGCGCGCAGGACAAAAUUGUUCUCUCCGAUGAAUUUAUCCAGCAGAUCAUUCAGGCCCAACAAGCUGCGAGGGAGUCCUAA